UCACAUUCCGUGUGUCCCUCUCAAUACACACUACAAUAUUUUGGUAUUUUAAACGAACUUGGCUGAAUCUUCUCCACAGUUCAACACACCGCACCACCUCUCAACACCACCACACCGCCUCUCAACACCACCGCACGGCCUCACUUCUGUGCGCCUCCCUCCUUGCACCAUCAUACCGCCUCACUUUUGUGCGUCUCCUCCCUCUCAACAUCACCGUCUCACUUCUGUUCAUCUUCCUCUCAAUGAAGUUCUUGAAUAGUGAAUAAAGGUGCAGGAGUAAGGUUUCUUCGAAUUUUUGAACGGGCACGGUCACAAUCUUAAUCCCCUCAAUCUUCCUGACUUUUCUGACGACUAAGGCAAAAUUUAGGGAAACGAUGGGAGGGACACAAACUGAGAGAGAAGAGAAGGUGUCUUUGGAGCUCAGUGAAGAAAUUCUUCAGAGUAUGGAAGUAGGAAUGGCCUUCAAAGACUAUAAUGGUAGAAUUAGUUCCUUGGACUUUCACAGGGCAUCCAGUUAUCUAGUAACUGCUAGUGAUGAUGAAUCCAUUCGACUGUAUGAGGUUACCAGUGGAACUUGUUUGAAGACAAUUAAUAGCAAAAAGUAUGGGGUUGACCUGGUUUGCUUCACAUCUCAUCCUACAACUGUUAUAUACUCUUCGAAAAAUGGUUGGGAUGAAUCUUUGCGGCUUCUAUCGUUGCAUGAUAACAAGUAUUUGAGAUAUUUCAAAGGUCACCAUGACAGGGUUGUGUCGCUAAGCUUGUGCUCUCGGAAAGACUGCUUUAUAUCUGGUUCUCUAGAUCGAACUGUUUUACUAUGGGAUCAAAGGGCUGAAAAGUGCCAGGGACUGUUACGUGUACAAGGAAGGCCUGCUAUAUCAUAUGACGAUCAAGGACUUGUCUUUGCAGUUGCCUUUGGAGGAUUUAUAAGAAUGUUUGAUGCUCGCAAGUAUGAAAAGGGUCCCUUUGAGAUAUUUUCCGUUGGGGGAGAUAUGUCUGAUGCAAAUGUUGUGAAAUUUAGUAAUGAUGGGAGUCUCAUUCUUUUAACAACGGCAGAUGGGCAUAUUCAUGUGCUUGAUUCAUUUCGCGGCACACUCUUAUCCACAUAUAAUGUCACGCCUGUCUCAUGCAACUCCACAUUAGAAGCUUCUUUCAGCCCCGAGGGAAUGUUUGUAAUAUCUGGUUCUGGGGAUGGAAGCAUCUAUGCAUGGAGUGUUCGAAGUGGCAAAGAAGUUGCAAGUUGGAGGAGUGCAACUUCUGAUACUGGACCGCCUGUAAUAAAGUGGGCUCCUGGAAGUCUAAUGUUUGCUACUGGAUCAUCUGAAUUGUCAUUCUGGAUUCCAGAUUUGUCUAAGUUGGGAUCCUACGUUGGAAGAAAGUAGAAACAAUGCAUGGUAAAAUUGUUUGCCCAUCAACCCACUGAAAGCAACCAGUAGAUGAGGGAUUGUUGUGUUUUGCAGAUAUGAGAGAAUAUGAGGAAUCUUCUUGGUCGUAGUUGUUACCUAAGGAAAAUAUAAACUGCUUGAUUAUAUCUUUAUGCAAUGGAAGUUAAUGAAGUGUCAUGCCAGUCUGUUGAACCAUUCCACUUGAUGACUCAGUUCAGAUUGGAGACAGAACUUAUGGCAUAGACGAAAAUCCCCUUUCACAGGAGUUAUUAAUUAACCUAUACAACAAUAUUUUUUGGCCUGCGAUUGUUUUAGUUCGAUUAGUUUUCACAUACAACAGAAAUUGAUCGACACUUUUUGUUAGGUGAAUUUUAUUUGAAUUAGCCCACCACUAUACUCUAAUCUUCA